AUGAGGAAGCCUUCUGUCCAGCAGCCUUGGAAAGCCCACGUUCCGACCGUGUCGGAGAUUGAAGGGCCUGUUGCUGUUGGCUUGAUUGAUGUUGAGGUGGUACUGGUAGUACUAGUAGUAGUUGAGGAAGCCCUCGAGGUUGUGGAGCUGCUGGUGGUUGAAGUACUGGAGCUAGUUGUGGUCGUAGAACUGGCUCGUAAUGUCGUGCUAGAGGUGGCCGAUGUCGAUGACGUGGACGAGCUUGUAGUCGAAGACGUCGUUGAGGAAGGUACACCGGAAGUCGAACGAGAUGUAGCGGUUGCAGAAUUGACGCUAGAUAUGCUAGAAACACCAGCUGGACCUCCCACAACCAAGGAGCUCAACGAAGAGACAGCCGAGGCACCCGAUGAUAUGGUAAGAGAUGAGGAGCGGCUAACGAUGGAAGACGUCGUCACUGAGGAUAGCGCACUGAAGGAGGCGCUUAAAACACUCGAAGGCAACGUGUUUGACGAUACCACGCUCGAGAGUACCGAACUCGAGAUUGACGAAGUCGUGCUGGCGGUCGUAGUAGUGGAGACACGCGAGCUUGUUGAAGAGAGUGUGGCGAAGGUCGUCCAUGUUGUUGAAGAAGUACUUGAGCUUACACUAGAAGUUGUCGUCGACGAAGUAGAGGCUGUAGACCUAGAAGAAGAACUGGUGCUACUGCUGCUGGCAGUCGAAGAAGCACUCGUUGCUGCGCCGCUCGUGGAAGAGCUGAAAACCGAGCUGCUCGAGCCUCCAGAGACCGAGAGACUCGCGGAAGAGGAUGCGCUGUUAAGGCCACCGGCGAAAUUGCCAAACACGCUCAGAGAAGUGCUGAAAGAGCUCGUGGAGCUUGUGGAUAUACUGCUAGAGACAGGAACUGAGAUCGAGCUGCUGACUGAGCCUGUGCUAGUCGAAGCGCCGUUCGAGGUUGAGCUGGACACCCUACUAGAAGACGAGCUUCCACUUGUUGAGGUCAAGGAAGAUGGGAGAGAGGCGCUUGAGGAGCUAGACGUAGCUCCAAUGCUGGUCGAUGCAACUGAACCAGAGCUCGACACAGAGAGAGCAGCACUUGAAGAGGUAGCGAUCGAGGAGCCCACGCUACUAGCUGAUGAAAAAGCUCCCAUUGAUGUGGGCAAUGAACUACUGUAG